ACCAAAACACAACCCAGUUUCUUCAAUUUCACUGCUACUGCUGAUGGUGUACGACUAGCCAACUUCUCUCCUAUCAUUUGUUCUUAUUACAAGUUAAAAAUUAUCAAAACGCAUCCAUUACAUUUCUUCAAAAUCCACUCAAUUUACAUUAAUUCUCUCAAACUUUGUCCAAAUCUCUAAAUUACGACGCCCAUUAGUGCAUGGAAGCUCCACUGGUCCAAAUUUAGGGCUUAAUUCAUUGGAGAUCCUUUUGAUCGAUGGCUUCCUGGCUCAAAGCCGCAGAAGAUUUGUUUGAAGUUGUAGAUCGACGGGCAAAGUUGGUUGUUAGUGAAUUGGCAGAUGAGCAUUCUGAUUUUCAAGCAUCAGCUUCUAAUGGCCAAGGAUCUCAAUCCAAGAGGACAGAGACCAAGACGAAGGCUAAAAAGAGGCGCUCUGCAAACCAAUCCAACAAAACAACUGAUGCUGCAGGGGACUUGACUAGUAAACAAAUUUCACAAUCAGGUGUGGCAUCUGAUAAAGAUAGAGAGAUUCUUUCAGUUGAAAAUGAUGCUACCCCCUCUAGCAAGUCCAUUCCCCAAACAAUCACUGACCAGCAAACUGACAAGGAUGCAUCCAGCAUUAUAUCAUCUGACAGAUUAGCAAGUGAAGUUGUUCAAAAUGAUUCUGAUCGUGCAGAAGUUACUGUAACUCCUGCUGCUGCAGAUGCUGCCACUUCAGCUUCAAAUGGUGAGCUUCUCAAUGAGAAGGUUUCUGAUGUUCCUAUGCCUAUGGAACAUCCUCCCUCCCUGUCACCUGCUAAAGAAAUAGAGGUUCUCAAUGAGGACCAUCAACACCAUCCAGUUGAUGCCGGCCAAGAUGUCAAAUUAAGGGAUGCUGACGUUCCUUCAAAGAUUGACCAAGAGAGAUCUCCAUCAGAAAUUACUGAUCCUCCUAUUAAUGGUGAAACUCUAGUAAAAGAUGGUGAUGUUAAGACAGAACCUCCUGUAAAUCAACAGAACCAACCACAGCUUAAAGCUGAUACUUCACCGAGGAAAAUACAGGACCAACUUGAGGAGGCUCAGGGACUGCUUAAGACUGCAAUUUCUACUGGUCAGUCAAAAGAGGCCCGGUUAGCACGGGUUUGUGCUGGACUUUCAAACCGCCUUCAGGAAUACAAAUCUGAAAAUGCACAGCUGGAGGAACUUCUCAUUGCAGAGAGAGAGCUGAGUAAAUCGUAUGAGGCUCGCAUAAAGCAGCUACAACAAGAUUUGUCUAUAUCCAAGAGUGAAGUGACAAGAGUGGAAUCAAAUAUGGCUGAUGCUUUGGCUGCAAAAAAUUCAGAAAUUGAGGCCCUCGUCAAUUCUAUGGAUGCACUCAAAAAACAGGCUGCUUUAUCUGAAGGAAAUCUUGCUUCAUUGCAGGCCAACAUGGAAUCUAUUAUGAGAAACAGAGAACUGACGGAGACAAGGAUGAUGCAGGCACUUAGGGAGGAGUUGGCCUCUGCAGAGCGAAGAGCAGAAGAAGAACGUACAUCACAUAAUGCCACCAAAAUGGCAGCUAUGGAAAGAGAAGUGGAAUUGGAACAUAGAGCUGUUGAGGCAUCCACAGCCCUUGCUAGGACCCAGAGAAUUGCAGAUGAGAGAACAGCAAAGGCAGCAGAACUUGAGCAGAAAGUGGCACUUCUUGAGGUUGAAUGUGCAUCAUUAAACCAAGAGCUGCAAGAUAUGGAAGCUCGUGCUCGUCGUGGACAGAAGAAGUCUCCUGAAGAGGCAAAUCAAGUGAUUCAGAUGCAGGCAUGGCAGGAAGAAGCAGAGCGCGCACGUCAAGGUCAGAGAGAUGCUGAGAGCAAGCUUUCUUCCAUGGAGGCUGAAGUGCAAAAAAUGAGGGUGGAAAUGGCUGCUAUGAAGAGAGAUGCUGAGCACUAUUCACGUCAGGAGCACAUGGAAUUGGAGAAGCGCUACCGUGAACUAACUGAUCUAUUGUACUACAAGCAAACACAGUUAGAAGCCAUGGCCAGUGAAAAAGCUGCAGCAGAGUUUCAGUUGGAGAAGGAGCUGAAGCGUCUACAAGAAGCACAGGUUGAGGCAGAAAGAAGUAGAGUUCCCCGUCGCACAUCUUCGUCUUGGGAGGAGGAUGCCGAAAUGAAGGCACUUGAGCCUCUUCCCUUGCAUCACCGACAUAUGGCAGCAGCAACCAUCCAGUUGCAGAAGGCAGCAAAGCUAUUGGAUUCAGGGGCUGCCAGAGCCACAAGAUUUUUGUGGCGGUAUCCUACAGCUCGACUUAUCUUGCUUUUCUAUCUGGUAUUUGUACACCUCUUCUUGAUGUAUUUAUUGCAUCGCCUUCAGGAACAAGCUGAUAAUUUUUCUGCGAGAGAAGUUGCAGAGUCUAUGGGUCUCUCCAAUCAAAUUUUACAAUGAUUGUGGAAGCAGCUCUGAAGAGAUGUCUAUGUUCUAAGAGCAAAUUAUGGCUUGUGAAUAUCCAGCUAGUCAAAUGAUAAUACCCCAAAGAAAUGAAAACUGUUACUCAUAGCCUCUUAUACGUAUCAUUUAAGGAGAAAUGGUUGAUCCCAGAGAAGCCACUUGAGGAUGGAAGUCAAGACACAAGUUGAAAUGUGCUUACAAAUACUCUUUUAUUUCCAUAGUCAAUUUGGCUUGCCUUUUGUUUUGGUUUUACUAGAAUGAUGAUUCAUAAAUGGGAUUGGGAGUCACCACAUUGUAGAUUCAGCAUCUUUUCAUGAAUAACAUAUUCUUUUAUUUGUAAUGGGGACGUGAAAGAUGCUACGAAAUGAUUUUUCGACCAGUUUGCUUA